AUAUCCGAGAGUCUGCCUUCGUCUACGCCAUUACUGCUGCUGGGGUGACCUACGCGGUGACACAGGCUUGUAGCAUGGGAACCUUGCUGCAGUGUACCUGUGAUCAGAACGCGCGAGACAUGAGCAACGACGGCGAGUGGGAGUGGGGCGGCUGUGGGGACAAUGUGGAGUAUGGGUACCGGAAGUCCAAGGACUUUAUGGAUGCCCGGAAACGGAAACGGCUGGGAGACUUCACUACCAAGAUUCAGCUGCACAACAACGAAGCUGGCAGAGUGGCUGUCAAGAACUACAUGAGGAAAGAAUGCAAGUGCCACGGUCUGUCUGGUUCCUGCGCCCUGAAAACUUGCUGGAAGAAAAUGCCGCCUUUCAGAGAUGUUGGCAGCCGCUUGAAGGAACGCUUCGAUGGCGCCAUCCGGGUCAUUAUCUCCAACGAUGGUAAGAACAUCAUCCCUGACGGAGUGACCAUCAAGCCCCCGUCCCAGCAAGACCUGGUCUACUCCGACCCGUCCCCAGAUUUCUGCAAGAGGAGCAAAAAGGUCGGCUCCCUGGGUACUAAAGGUCGCGAAUGCGACCCGGACUCCAUGGGCGUGGGAGGUUGUGAUUUGCUGUGCUGCAAUCGAGGCUAUUCCAAGACACAGGUCAAAGUUCGCGAGAACUGCAAGUGUCGAUUCAUGUGGUGUUGUGAGGUGAUCUGCGAGACUUGCGAGAGCACUAAGAUAGUCCACCAGUGCUUGUAA